CAUCAAAAAUGGCGCCACCAACCCCUCUUAUUCAAACAUUUGAGACGGAGGAGCAAGUCGCCGUCGCCCUUGCCAUCUACAUUCUUCAUCUCUCUGCUAAAUUUAUCGCCGACAAUGGUUCUUUCUCCGUUGUGCUCUCCGGCGGUACUUUAAUCGAUACACUCAGGAAAUUGGUUGAGCCUCCUUAUGUUGAUUCAAUAGAAUGGUCGAAAUGGACGAUUUUCUUCCUUGAUGAACGAGUUGUUCCUCUGGAUCAUCCUGAUUCGAAUUACAAGCUUGCUUAUGAUGGAUUUCUCAGCAAGGUGCCAAUACCUGAGUCCAACAUCUAUCCCAUCAAGGACAAAUUAUCACCCUCGGAUGCAGCCGAUGAAUACGAGCAACGACUUAAACAUUUGGUAGCAAACAACACGCUAAAAACAUCGCCAAAAACAGGGUUUGCUAAAUUUGAUCUAAUGCUAGUCGGAAUGGGCCCAGAAGGGCACGUUGCAUCGCUCUUUGGUUGGCAUUUUCAACGGUUUGAAAAGACACGAUGGGUAACAUUCAUCACGGAUUCACCCAAACCUCCGCCUCCAAGGAUCACGUUCACUUUCCCAUUGAUCAAUUCGGCAUCGGAGAUUGCAAUGGUGGUGACCGGUGAAGAUGCAGCUGAUGCCGUGAAGGUGGCAUUGGGAAAACAUGCUUCUUAUGGUUACCCGUUGCCGGUGCAAAAGGUUUCGCCGGAAGGAGGGCUCACAUGGUUCUUGGACAUGGCUGCAACUUCUGAACUAAGGAAAACCGAUACCGGUAUGUGAAAUCAUCUUUCUAUUUAUAUUAUGUAU